AUGGCGUUCGAAAUUAUCGGAAAACUGAAAAACACGUCAGAAGUCAUCUUCUUGUCCAUCAUUCUCCUCAUUGUGAGCCUCUUUGCGCUCGGCAUCGUCUUGACCAUACUCGGAUGCAUCACGUCGGUCAUCAUGGAGCGCAUCAAGAAGCGAAGGCGCCGCACACAGAAUCAAACUUUUCCUCUCCAAGAGACGACUCCGCAGAUUCGUUCUGCGGGUGAUGGUAUCGAGGAAAAUGAUAAUAGUAGCGAUGCUGAUAGCGACGACACGCCUCCACCCAGUUACGGCGUAUGGCAUGAUGAGGAGGUGGGCAUCGACGACAGGAACGGGCCGAAUUUGGCGAUUAGGACGCCUCCUGGUUGCUAUCGCAGGCCAGGAUUCUAG